AUGGGAACACCUAAAAUCCGAGUUGGAGAAAUCACCCAAAGUUCUCUUGGGGUGGAAAUCAAAAAUCAUGUUCAACGUCAAAAUCAGUACAGACCUCAGGGUAACUCGCAAGGAUAUCAAGGGCAGAUGCUAAGGGAGCAACCUAAACCACAAUCUGGGAAUAUGAGUGUCAAAGAGAUGUUAAAGAAAAUCAUGGAAGAUCAAGCUCAGUUAGCGGCUAAUGUGAGAAAUAAUCAGUUAGGCACCCAGAAUUUGGAAAAGCAAUUUGGGAAAUUGGCUAGUGCUCAAAAUUCUAAACCACAAGGAGGGUUGCCUGUCAACACAGAUCCAAAUCCUAAAAAGGUCAAUGCGGUGAGUACCCGUAGUGGGCUAAAAUUGGAGGAAUUAUCUCUAAAGAAAAACCUUAUCGAAGUGGUGAGUAGAGAGGGUGAAACCCACAACAAGGAAGAAGUUGCACCUGCAGAAAAGGUGCAACCAAUAGUAAGACCACCUCCUCCAUUCCCUCAGAAGUUCAAGAAGAAAAAGGAGGAUGAAUGCUUUGGUAAGUUCAUAUCAUUGUUGAAACAAGUUGAUAUUAACUUGACUUUGGAAUAUGUUUUGCAAGGUAUACCGGGGUAUGCGAAAUAUGUCAAAGAACUUGUAGCAAAUAAAAGGAGAUUGACUGAAUAUGAGACAGUAGCACUUACUGAAGAGUGUAGCUCCAGGAUUCAGAAUAGGUUACCUAUGAAGUUGAAAGAUCCGGGUAUCUUUACGGUACAAAUUACCAUCGGCAAGAGUAUCCAUGCGCGAGGUUUGUGCAAUUUGGGGGCUAGCAUUAAUUUAAUGCCAACUUCGUUGCAUAAGAAACUAGGGUUGGGUAGUCCUAAGCAAACUACUGUUAUUUUACAAUUGGCUGAUAGAUUUUUAGCCAGACCUGUGGGAGUUGUAGAAGAUGUGCUAGUGCAAGUGGGAUCUUUGAUUUUUUUGGUGGAUUUUGUAGUAUUAAACUCUGAUCCAGAUCCUGAGGUUCCAUUUAUAUUAGGUCACCCAUUCUUAGCUACUGGGAAGGCAAUGAUUGAUGUAACUGCUGGUCAACUUACUAUGAGGGCUCACGAUAAGGUAGAGGUUUUUGAUGUAUAG